UCUCGGUAAAAGAAAAACCCCAACGGACGCUACCCCCUCUUUCACAGCAAGGUUUAAUAUCAAUGGCCAUACUCGCACAGUUUCAACGUGUCGGUAGUCCCCAUUCACUCACUGGGACACGCUGUCUGACACUUUAUACACAGAAGGAGCGGGGCGGGCCGGGUUUAUUUUCAUUAUAAUGAAACUAGGUUACAACAAUGCUUUCGUCCCGUAGGGAGCGGACACUGGUGUGAGAGUGAGAAACGGGGAAAAAAAAGAUCCACCCAUUCUCUGUCACAGCCUAUCCUAACCGUUCGGACCAAUCCAGUCUUGAAAGGCGAAGUGAGGGAUUCAAUUUAAUGUCUUCGAGCAACGUUUUCAUUUCUUACUGCAGCUGCGAGGGUCGGUGAUAUGUGAUCCACUCCGCGGAGCCGCCAGUGCCGCAGCAACGCCUAUAUAGGCUAGGGCAGCACAAUACGUUCCGUGUUGGGGUUCGUGUGUUUAUUCUCGUUACAUCAAGCCAGAUUGACAGGAGCGGCGGCGGCCUGCUGUUUCAAGCGGUGUCUUAUGUCAGUGACACUUCUGCACGGGAAGCCACACGAAGGACGGACAGAUCCACGGCGGCUGCAAGAGAGAGAGAGAGCUUAACGUCAAAGAGUUGUAUCGUCUGAAGACCUCAGCGCAGCCGCGCUGAUAGACAUUGUCAACACCGGCGCUGAACUUGAAGGGACGAGAAUGUGCUAGUGUAGUGCGCGGACUGUAGAUCCAUGCUGUACAGAAGACCCUUCACACACUGGCAGCUGUCAUAGGGAGUAUGAGGUGCGAUGGGUGAACCCCCCUUCCCUGCGCCGCUGCUGGAAGACCGGACACUUCGUGCAGGAUGGAUGUAGAGGCGAAGGAAAUAUCUGCUCUAAUAAUUGCAUGCUGCGUCUGGCUGGUGGGUUGCGCCGAGGUGGUUUCGGAAGACAGCUACUUGAACACAGUGCAGAGUGCAGCCCCUCUGUCGUGCUCAGAAGGCUUCACUGAGCUGGGCUACUACAAUGGCUCCGUGUCCCAGACGGAUUCCGGCUUUCCCUGCCUCAAGUGGACCGAGUUCCCCGACUACCUACAGCAAUACCCGGGGCGCGGCCUAGGAGAACACAACUACUGCCGCAACCCUGACCGCGAGUCCAAUCCCUGGUGCUUCUACCGCCAGAGCUCAGGGGCCAUCGGCUGGGCCUAUUGCGACUGCCACCAGGGAGCAGUGCGGUUGGUGGGGGGUUCAUCUGCAGGUAGUGGCCGCGUGGAGGUGUACCUGAAUGGCCAAUGGGGGGCAGUGUGUGACACGCACUGGACUGAUCGGGAUGCCAGUGUGAUCUGCAGACAGCUGGGAGUGAGUGACAUUGGCACAGCGCUCCAACACUCUUAUUUUGGGCCUGGUUCUGGACUUUUCCACUACGAGCGGUUAGGCUGCCGUGGUAACGAGAACUACCUUCUGGAGUGUCGGAGCAGGAAGUUCAUCACCGGCGACUGCAACCAUGGCAAUGAAGCCGGGGUGGUGUGUGCCCCACCUGAAGGCUCUGGUGCCCCCUUGAGGCUGGUGGGUGGAGCGGAGGACUUUGAAGGGCGUGUUGAAGUCUAUCACAAUGGCAAGUGGGGCUCCAUCUGUGAUGACCAGUGGGACGACAUCGAUGCUGAAGUGGUCUGUCGACAGCUGGGUCUGGGGGGCUUACCGAAGGCCUGGUCCUGGGCACACUUUGGCCAGAGCUCAGGGCCCAUCCUGCUGGACGGAGUGCAGUGCACAGGCAACGAGCUCUCCUUGGAAGAGUGCCCCCACGGCGGCUGGGGGCAGCACAAUUGUGACCACAUGGAGGACGCGGGGGUGUCCUGUAACCCCUACACCGACGGCGUGGUGCGGCUGGUGGGGGCGGACAGCCCAUGGGAGGGCCGGCUGGAGGUGUACCACGAGGGGGACUGGGGCUCUGUGUGUGACGACAACUGGACUGAGCUUAAUGCGCAGGUGGUGUGCCGUCAGCUGGGCUUCAGAGGGCGAGCCAAGGUGUCUGCAGACGGGGCGUACGGGGAGGGCACUGGGCUCAUCCUGCUCGAUGAAGUGCAGUGUUCAGGGAGCGAACGCUCGAUCCUGGACUGUCAGCAUGGCGGCUGGGGGAGACACGACUGCUCGCACGGUGAGGAUGUGGGCGUGAUCUGCGAGAGGGAGGUGGAGAGCAACAAGAUCCCAGGACCGCCACCUGCCACAGAGCCGCUGGUUCGCCUGGUGGCCGGCGAGAGCCGCAGGGAGGGCCGUGUGGAGGUGUUUCUGGACGGCCAGUGGGGGAGUGUCUGUGAUGACGGCUGGAAUGACCGCAAUGCCGCCGUGGUCUGUAGACAACUGGGAUUCACUGGGGUGGCCAAGGCACGCUCCAUGGCCUACUUCGGUGAGGGCCAGGGCCCCAUUCAUCUCGACAACGUCAAGUGCUCGGGGCACGAGGCAUCUGUAGGCCAGUGUCCGGCGGAGGUACAGAACGGCCACAACUGCCGGCACAGUGAGGACGCCGGAGUGAUCUGCGACUACACGCCCGAGACACUGGGGGAGAGUGAGGGGUCCCCCCAGUCCUGCGGCUUGCGGCCCAGUACUCAGCGACGCAGAAGGAGGAUCAUUGGAGGGGGAAAAUCAUACAGGGGCGACUGGCCAUGGCAGGUCUCUCUCUGGCUGAAGUCGCAGUCUAAAGGUCAUCACCCGCUGUGCGGUGCCACACUCAUCAGUGCCUGCUGGGUCCUGACUGCUGCACACUGCUUCAAGAGGUUCGGCUCCGACCCCUCUCGCUAUGUGCUGCGGCUGGGCGAUUACCACACCGAGGAGCAGGACGACUUUGAGCGGCGCCUCUCGCCGGAACGCAUCGUGAUCCACAAGAAGUACAGCCCCCAGGGCUGGGAGUACGACAUCGCGCUCAUGCGCUUACGAGGGCCGGAGGGGCGCUGUGUCUCCUUCAAUCCCCACACCAAUGCCGCCUGCCUGCCCGCACAGGGCAACAGGUGGGGCAAGAGACCCGCGGCCUGCAUCAUCACGGGCUGGGGCAUUACAGACUCGGAGUACUCUCGCACUCUGCUCCAGGCCUGGGUUCCCCUGCUGCCCGCGUGGAAAUGCCAAAAACGAUACGGCAGCCGCUUCACCAGUCGCAUGCUGUGUGCGGGCAGCCUCUCCGACCACCGGCGGGUGGACAGCUGCCAGGGGGACAGCGGGGGCCCCCUGGUGUGCCAGGGGGAAGGAGGGCAUUGGGUCCUCACUGGGGUCAUCUCCUGGGGUCAUGGCUGCGGUGACCCCAGUUUCCCAGGAGUGUACACAAGGGUCAGCAGGUUCUUGCGCUGGAUUGAACAGGUCACACGGAGCCCUGCGAAGAACUGAGACUGUGGUGUCCCGAGGACACAACCGACACCUCUGGGCUGGUGGGGAGGGGUACAUGCAGGGUGGGUUGGGGGCAUGGGAGGGUCAUGGCCUGUCUUAGCUUCAAUACUAUCAUUGACCUGAAUUUGUGCACCAAAAUCCUCUGUUACGGACAUUUUAAGAAUACUGAUCGGUUCCUGUUGCUACAUUUCAUAACUGCAAACUGGUGUCCAAUAGAACAGAACAGAAUGUACUGUAGUUCUGAUGUGAAAAUGAGACUUUAGUGUGAAACUUCAAAUACACUUAGGUUUAAGGUAAGAAAAUCUCAGAUUAGUAAUAUGAGAAAUGUUACAGAUCAGGAAUUUAGGAUUUCGAGCCGUUUCCUGAAGGAUGCCAGUGGACCUUCAAGAACAUGUUGGCUAGUUAGCUUGUUCCAGACUCUCGCAACCCUUUAUGGACUAUCCUGUGAGAUCUGGGACAAGAGGCCACUGUUGUGAUGCAGGACAGGGAACUAGAGGUACUUCUUUGUCCAAAAAAGUCUUACAUUUUGUGAAUUACUGUACCUGGCUAGCUGCUCUCUUGCAAGCUCUGAUGCCCUAGCAACAGAAAAGUGCAAAUGUGCAAUAUUAGCCUAAAAACCGUGCAAGGAAAACUGUUGGGAACAAAAUAAGUAGUGGCUAUAAUUAGUUCAACCAAACCACAGUGACUAGUGGGGGAAAAAAUGUUAAAAGAGUUAUUUUGAUGCAGAUUUUAGGUGAAUUCUAGUAUGUUAUGUCUAAAAUAACAUUUCUCAAGGGGAUAGGAAAGCAUUCACUGUUUAUGGUUUUAAACCUGAGCUCAGUUCACAUCAGUAACAUUCCAUAGUCAUGCAUGCAUUACAAAUAUACUCCUGUCUGUUACCUCUAAUCUAAUACACUUUUCAUCUGUUUACAACACUUAACUGAGCCAAGCUGCAGCUUCAGACAUAUUGUGUGCUGGAGAUCACUGUGCCUAGAGAAAAGGAAAUUUGGGGAGAGCAGAUGAAGGUCUAUCAGAUCUUCUCCUAAUGAACUUAAACAUUUUGAAACAGGCUUGUUUCAUUAAAGCCACAUGCCACAACUUGGAAAGACAUUCAGGAGAAAUGUGCUGGUCCUUCUUUUGAAAUUUUGAAAUUACACAUUUGGGUUUAUUCUUUCCGUCCCGGUGCAUUAGGAAAGUUGUCCUUCAUCAGUUCAUUCUGGUCCAGAUGCAAGUGAGGCUUAGGUGAAGGGCUGGGUGCUGUCAGUGUUGCUUUGCUCUGACCUGUGCAGUAACCUCAUUUGUUGACUGUAGAUCAGCUGUCAGUCUGUGGUUGAUCUGUAGAUGAUAUGCUGUAGAUCUGUGGUUGAUCUAUAGGUGAUAUGCUGUCAGUCUGUGGUUGUUCUGUAGAUAAUCUGCUGUUAGUCUGUAGAGGAGGUUCAAAAGGUCUUUGCUGAAGACCCCAUGUCUGUCAGCUGGGUCUGUAUCCUAUAAUGCAGCACUGUGAGGGUGCACUGAUCGUACUGCUUGUCAAGAAAGCACAGGAUACACCCCUGUAUGUGAGCUGGCAAUUUGUCAGGUAGUUUCCAAUCACUGCGUAAGAAACUCGAAGUAGCCAUUUUUCAUUAUUGAGCUAACCCGCAAUGCAUUGAUUCCAAAAAGAAAAAACACAUUUGAACAGGCAUGUCAUUUUUGCAUUGUUUGUUUUGUCUUGGUAGGCAGUGCCUAACCUGACUGCACAUCCCUGAAGUCUUCAUACUGCACCUGCAAACAGGCUUUGCAUGAUUAGAAACCUUUCAGAAUGAGCUUUAAGUAUGGGGGAAAACGUCAGUCUGUGUCAGUAGGCUGAUCACAGCUCCAUUCAUUUUAAAUUGAUCGCAUGGCACAUAAAAUUAUCCACUUAAAUUACAUUUGCAGUUCAAUCUAAUUGUAAGGUGACCUUAAAUGAAUGUUACCUGUGUUUUAACAGUUUAACAGUUGCUCCAAUUAAGUUAGGGCACAGAUGACUACGGUAGCUCUUUUGUUGAGUCUUUUUUGCAUCUGCAGUGAUUUACUGUAUAUCCUCUUUCUUCUGUAUGCUCUCCCUGCUGCGCUGUACUGGGACCCUGCGAACGCAUUUAAUUUUUUGUCAGUGGAUUUGUGAGGUCCAGCACUACAGUGUUGUUCAGAAUGUUACAUUUCUAACCAUCUCACCCAAUUCUCAAAGGUCCUUGUGUUUACAAAUAGGAAUACUUGAGCCAAAAUGAAGUCAAAUAGUUUCAGUAUUCAGCUGCUCUUUCACUUCCAUUGCACAUUCCUGUUAUUUAAAUAUGGAGUUUUUGUUCUUCUUUUUAAAGGUUCAAAAUUUCCUUUAGGGUUAGGACUGUUAACAUUUCAGAAUCCUCAUUAUUUCCCUUUUGUAUUCCACUAUAUUCGUUUACAGUAUUUUACAGUAUUUUUGUUUUAGGUUAGCAGCUAUGAACUGCUAUGAGUAGAACAUCCAGCAGGUGGCGAUUUUGUGUAUUUCACUAGGCUGUGUGCAAGUAGUCGGCGAUAAUCCUUUGUGCUGUAUUGUAAUUUUGUACUUUUGCCUCCUUCUUUGUUUAUUUUAAUUGCACUUUCUUAGACAUACCAGAUGUUAGGCAACGUGGUCAGAAGCCUAGAUUGUACCAGAAAAAAUCCAUCAAAAGUCAUCCGUCUUAGUGCAAAGUGAGGAUGACAGGACUGUAACAUCUCUGCAUUCCUAGUGCAGGAGAACCACAGUUCGAUAUAGUCCUGUGUGGAAUGUGGUAACCGAAUGUGUUUGCCAAGUUCGUCCUGUCCAGUGCCGCUAGUUAUCUGGUCAAGACACAACCAUGAAAUUAUGUUCUGUUUCACUGACCACCCUCAUCUCCGAGUGGAAUGAGCAGAAGGAAUGUGCUCACUUCAAUUUCCUGUCAUCACAGAAUCCCUUUCCUGUGAUUUCUUUUUAUACGAUCUGUUUAGAAGGUUCUGUGCUCCCUUCUUCUCCCUCACUCCUUUGCACUCUUUAUAUAGAAACAAAAUCCUGUGGUUUCUUCAAAGUGUUUGUGUAAAUACUUAAAGCUAUUUAUGUUUACUGAUGUGAAGUCUUCAUGCAUCCUGGUGUAACCUGAAGUUUUUGAAAUGAGGACCCAGAGCAUCUCUUAUACUGGGAGGUACAACAGAACAAGUAUCAGGAGGACUGAAAGUUCUGAAGGGACGUCCUGCAUGGAGCUGCCAUUGGUCUGGAGAGUUCAGUGACAUUCACAGAAGUCCUGAUGGGACUGUCUGAGCUGAUGGCCAACUGCUCACAGUGACUGGAUGAAGCCCAGGUUCCGUAUUCCUGCCAGGCAGAGGGGUGUGUUGUCCAAUCCCCAUCCCCUUGCCAGGUCCUGUGUGACUCCAGAAGGGGUUGACCUGUCUGAGUUCUAGCAAGGCCUGGGCCUGCUUCCUCUUCAAGGGGUGACCACCAGACAUGGUCCCUUUGUCACAAAGGCCACCAUAGCAGAUAUAGGAUUCUAAUGCAUCCUGACCCAUCUGGAUUCAGUUUCCUCUUCAGACAGCGCUUGAUCUGGCAUGUCCUGACUGCUGAGAGCCGAGAAAUGGGCAAAUACAGAACUCGCAGUUCAUUCUCGACUGGGCUGUGCCUCGGAGCUCAGGGCUGGUCACUGACAUGGCCUUGCAUUUCUGCCAGUUUGAUUCCCACCUUUGGCCUGGUACGCCACGCUUUUCUUUGGUGGGCUGCCACAAGUACAGUAGAUAGAGAGACCUGGACUGUCUAAAGAUUAAUUCUGGUUGCAUGCAGUACUACCUGCUAUCUGUCUGGUCCCCUGUAUUUACAGUAACCUUUGCCUCAUACUAUGAUUUCUUUGGAUUUGUAAAGUGCUUUGAAUAUUUUCAUGUGAGAAAGGUGCUAAAUAAAUUAGUCCUAAUUGUGCGUCUGGUGUGAGAAAUUGCCCAGCUUUAUACAGAACCUCUUGCCGAUUCCUGUGAAUCUUUGUUUAGAAAGUUCAGUGAGUGCACACGGUCAUUAGAUGACAAAAAAAACAGUCUAUAUUUAGGCUUUCUUUUAUACUGAGUUUCUUUAUUAAUACCACAUGCACCGUUCUGGGAUUCUGCUCAGUGUUUAUGUGGCUCAAAUCCAAACAUACUGACAUUGCUGACAGCUAGCACUUGUAGCAUUUGUUUAAAUUGACAACAUUCAAAUAAUGUUUGCCAAUUGUAAAGGGUGUUCAUCCUGCCUAACCUCUUUUUGCUUCACAAUUAGUCAUACAUGUAAUCUUUUUUUAUGGAGUCUUUGAGGCACUGACCUGAGAAAACAUUGCCAUAACCUUGGAUCUCAUCCAGGGAAGUUAUGCUCAAUUGCCUUUAGCUAUGAUAUGGUGCAAGACUGUUUUGUUUCACAGAAGAUGCAGUAAGUAGGUGUAACGGUUAACUCCUUAUCCCCAACUCCUAGCAGAAACAAAUUGUAAAGAGAAAAAAGUUUUGUGAUUCAUUCUUGCCUGUUUUGUACUUUAAAAUCGAAAUAUGGAAAUGUCGAAGUCUGAUUAAAUUAAAAGUGUUUGGA